UUAAAACAUUUCAAUCGUACCUUGCUAUUAGCUUUCCUGAUCAUUGCUACGUCAACCCUGAACUACGGCUUUAACAACAAUGGCUACACAACAACUCAAGCCAUGGAGCCAUUCAUACGGCAAUUCGGCAGACUCUCUCAAGAAACGGGAGAAUAUGAGCUCGACCCUGCAUGGCUUUCUAUGUUCAACAGCUUGAACUAUAUUGGCUUUGCUUUUGGUGUGAUUUUUGGUAGUAUAGUUAGUGCCAGAUUUGGCCGGAGAUGGUGCAUAUUCUCAAUGAGCGCCCAUGCUAUUGUGUGCGCCGUAAUUGCAGUCACUUCGUCCAGUCGAGAACAAAUCAUGGUUGCCCGUGUUUUGAACUACCUCUAUGUUGGGAUGGAGCUGGCUGUUAUUCCAGUUUAUCAGUCAGAGAUCAUGCCGACCGAGAUUCGAGGCUUUGCUGUAGGAUCUUACUAA